AUGAUUAGCACUAUUGCUUUGAAGAAAACUAGAUCUUAAAAAUCUUUGGGGAUGACCGACAUGCAAUAAAGAGUUACAGCUAAAAAAUCCAGCUAAAAUGCCUUUGAUUACAAGAAAAUGAUAACUUUGCCAGCGAUCAUUUAAAAAAGCAAAAAUUGUUCGAAAAAUUACUAUACUACUGAACUAACCAGCCCAUCUCAGACCCAAGAAACUCAAGACACAAUAAGUAAGAGAUUUUCCUCAUGCAGUAUCUCAAUUAACUUGGCGAAUUUCUAGAAUAAAAGGUCUUCAAUUGCUAGUAUUGACAUGGAUGCCAUAUAAUCAACUGAUACCUUCAUAAAUAUUUCAGAUUAGAUAAAAAGCUGUGGAGUUUAAAAAAGUUUGAUUAAAAAAGAAAACUCAUCGUUCUACAAUUUUAUUGAAAAGAGUCCUCCAGCAUCCAUUUCAAGACCAUUGAGCAGUUUACUCUCCGAAAGAAAAAGGCACUCAAUCGAAUAAGUGGCUAUCUAAGCAAUAAUUGGAGAUCCAAGAAGUUGUCAAGGCGAUAAAUCUUCUUCUAAAGAUUAGAAUAUUACUUCUUCGUAAAAGCUUCUAAGCAACCUGAAAAUAUUAUCUUCAAAUGAUAAGCUUCUAACUUAAGCCUACUAUAAUAUAGGUCUUUCUGAAAAAUACAGGGCUAAAAUGAUAAAUUGGCUACUGUAGGUGUUCAGAGUCUUUAAUAAGAGCAAUGAAAAGACUAUUUUCCUAUCUAUAUCUCUGAUGGACCGCUACUAUUAACAAAAAUUAGUACAAAAUGAAAAGAUCAACAAACAAGAUUUUCACCUAAUUGGGCUUGCUUGCAUAUCAAUAUCCUCAAAAUUAGAGGAUCUUAUACCAAUUUUCCCUAGAGAAAUCAUACAAGAGGCAGCCCAUGACAAGUAUCAAAAAAAGGAGCUUGCAUCAGCUGAAUUAGACAUUCUUAGAUCGCUAAGUUUUAAAACCUAUGAAUAAAGUUUAUAUGAGGAAUCUAUGACUUUUUUAAAAAACCAUCUACUUAAUAAUGCAGACCAACUUAUUUUCUUCGAUCAGCAUGAGGACGCAUAACUUAACUUUAUCCAAUCAAAGAGACUAAAUAAUGAUUGUUGCCAUUGUGGUUUUGGCAUUGAAAGUCCUCGGCAAUUAAAAUUAAAUGAAGCAAAGUCAGCGACUCUUUAAGACUGA